CUAGUAUAGACUUGGGUGGACAUGAAGAGCCUUGUCCUGCAAGUCCUCAAAGGACGAUGGCUGAUUGUGUUUGCUUCAUUUCUGAUGAUGGUCACAGCCGGUGCCAGCUACAUGUUCGGCCUCUACUCCAACGACAUCAAGUCUGUCCUCGGCUACGACCAAACCACCCUCAACCUCAUCAGCUUCUCCAAAGACCUAGGUGCCAACAUUGGCAUCCUCUCCGGCCUCAUCAACGAAGUCACACCACCCUGGGUGGUCUUAUCAAUCGGUGCAGUCCUCAACUUCUUCGGGCACUUCAUGAUUUGGCUAGCAGUAGCUCAAAAAAUCCAUAAACCCCAAGUUUGGCACAUGUGCAUGUACAUGGGCAUAGGAGCUAACUCACACACUUUCACCAACACCGGAGCUCUGGUCACCUGCGUGAAGAACUUCCCGGAGAGCCGUGGCAUCGUGCUAGGGCUUUUGAAGAGCUAUACUGGUAUAAGUGCAGCUGUGGUGGCACAGCUGUACCAUGCCGUCUACGGUGACGAUACCAAGUAUUUCACUUUGGUUGUGGCCUGGCUUCCGACAGCUAUUUCCUUCGCCUUCAUCGGAACUAUUCGGAUCAUGAAGGUUAGUCGACGUGGCUCGAACGAGCUCAAGGCUUUUUAUCACUUCCUCUAUCUGUCACUAGGUCUAGCUGCAUUUUUGUUGGUUAUAAUUAUAGUGGAAAAAAGGGUCACGUUUAGUCCAAGUGAGUAUGUUGGAAGUGCAGCUGUAGUCCUCUUUUUACUCUUUUUACCACUUACCGUGGUAAUUAUGGAAGAGUACAAGGUUUGGGAGAGCAAGAGAUCAAUAGUAACUAAAGAUUCUAGCCAUGCCAAACCGGAGAUUUUGGGGCAUCGAGAUGAACCAUUAGAACAUUUUGUUGUCAUUGAAAAAGAAGUUUCUUGGCGGAAAGACAUAUUUAACCCGCCGGAGAUCGGAGAGGACUUCACCAUACUUCAAGCCGUUUUCAGCGUCGAGAUGGUGACUUUACUCUUUGCAACAAUUUGUGGACUUGGAGGCACCAUGACCAUGAUGGACAACUUGGGACAAAUUGGUACAUCUCUUGGGUACCCUCUGAAAAGCAUAAGAAACUUUGUGUCCCUAACAAGCAUAUGGAACUAUUCAGGUCAUAUUGCCGCUGGUAUAGGCUCAGAAAUAUUCAUCACAAAGUACAAAUGGCCUCGCCCUCUAAUUUUCACAGCAAUUCUCUUGCUCUCGUGUGUUGGUCAUCUUCUAAUAGCGUUCAACAUCCCAUAUGGUGUCUAUGUUGCUUCAGUGGUCACUGGUUUUUGUUUUGGUGCUCAUUGGCCUUUGAUCUACACCAUUAUAUCCGAGCUUUUCGGCCUCAAGUACUACUCGACUUUGUACAAUAUUGGUGGAUUGGCUAGCCCUAUUGGGUUGUAUGUGCUCAAUGUGAGGGUUACGGGGCAUUUGUAUGAUGUGGAGGCUAAGAAGCAAAUGGCAGCUUUGGGGAUUCAGAGGAAGGUUGGAGAGGAGUUGAACUGUGUUGGGGGAGAGUGCUUCAAAUGGUCUUUCAUCAUUAUUACUGUGGUAACUUUUGUUGGAACACUAGUUUCUUUGGUUUUGGUGGUGAGGACAAGGAAGUUUUAUAAGGGUGAUAUUUACAAGAAGUUUAGAGAAACGGUUAGUGUGGCUGAUGAAACGAAAUUAGAGGUUGCUAAAACUUCUGCUGGAGUGGAAACUACUGGUCUCAAACAUGACCUCUCCAAGCCCAGAGGUCAAUGGUAAGAAAUGGAGAAAUGUGCAAGAACUAUUUAUCCAUAUAUGCCUACAAGAUUGUACUUUACUUGUAUUUAGCAAGUUAGCAUUAUAGCAUACCGCCUCUAAUAUUGCAGGUGGUGUGUGGAAUAAGACAAUUAUAU